UUCUGCUGCCUGUGAUGCUGCGACUGAAGCUUUUGCAUUAGAAAGCACAGUAAGUCAACAUCUGGACUGCUAAGAGAGGGAAUGACUUCACUUCAUUAUGAUUGUACAUUGGGUCAUUUCCUACUACUCUGAUGGAGCCUGCAUUCAAACAAUGUUACAAAUUGUUUUGAGGAUUCUUUGACUUUCUUCUAGGGAAGGAUGGACCCUGAUGUGCUGGCACCUGUAACCCAUUCUUCAUCUUGGGAGAAUACUAGCGAGGCGUCUACUUCUUUGUCAAGAUCCCCUCCUCUGCCCCCACACUCUCUGGCAGCAUCCGUGCUCAUCCUGCUGGUGGUCACGGUCAUCAUCCUGGUGACGGUGGUGGGGAACGUGUUGGUUGUUUUGGCCGUCUUUACCAGCCGUGCUUUGCGGGCUCCUCAAAAUCUUUUCCUGGUGUCUCUGGCCUCAGCUGACAUUCUGGUGGCCACACUGGUCAUCCCCUUCUCCUUGGCCAAUGAGGUGAUGGGCUACUGGUAUUUUGGUUCCACCUGGUGCUCCUUCUACCUGGCUCUGGAUGUUCUGUUUUGCACUUCAUCCAUUGUCCAUCUCUGCGCCAUCAGUCUCGACCGUUACUGGUCCGUCACCAAAGCCGUCAGCUACAACCGCAAACGGACACCCAAGCGGAUCAAAGUGAUGAUCAGUGUAGUGUGGCUGAUAUCCAUCGUCAUCUCCUCACCGCCUCUCCUGAUGACGCAGACGGAAGAACAUUCGGACUCAACGGGUGAGGUCCAACACCCGCAGAGGCACGAGUGUCUUCUCAACAACCAGACGUGGUAUAUCCUGUCCUCCUGCCUCGUGUCCUUUUUCGUACCUGGAGUCAUCAUGAUAUUGGUUUACUGUAAGAUAUAUCGUGUUGCCAAGCAGCGAGCCUCCACCGUGUUCGUGGCCAAGAACGUGAUGGAGCGCCAACCGUCUCAGUCGGAGACCUGCUUCGGGGCUGCCCCGAGGUCUUUCCAAAGAGAGGGAGCCAAGUGCACAAAGUUGGACGUCCCACCGCCAGGAGGCAGACACAUCUCUGCCAUCAUAGACGACCGCAAAAGAGAAGACUUGGACCAAAUUGUCUUAGAGGAAAGAGCACGGGAUGACAACGCGAAAACGUCUUCGCUUUGUGCCUCACUCCGCUUCUCCAGGAGAGCUGCUGGAAAGGACACUGAGGGACCAGCAAGAAGGUUGAAGCCUCCUCCUCCAUCUUGUGCCUCCAUAUCGUGGGUAUCAUCCGACCACUGCUCCCAGCGUUUCCUCCUCCCUUCUCCUGUGCCGCUUCCGAGGCGACACACUUCUUUGUCCAAAAGCAAAGUGGCACAAAUGAGGGAGAAACGCUUCACUUUUGUUCUGGCAGUGGUGAUGGGAGUAUUUGUCCUCUGCUGGUUCCCAUUUUUCUUCACUUACAGUCUGCAUGCACUCUGUAGAGACAAAUGUACAAUCCCCGAUGCUCUUUUCAACCUCUUUUUCUGGAUCGGCUACUGCAAUAGCUGCCUGAACCCGAUCAUAUACACCAUUUUUAACAGAGACUUCAGGAAGGCCUUUGAGAGAAUUCUGUUUCACACCCAGAAAUGAUAACAGAUUCCAACACUCAUUUUUCAUCCGUCUUAACACUGGGCUUUAAUGCAAACAUAAAUGAUUUAUUUAUCUCCUACCCACCUAAUAAUUAAUUCAAUAGCACAAGCAGUAGAAAAUGGAUGGAUGGAUGGAUGGAAUAAUCAUUUUGUACGUGAUGUACAAAUUGGAAGGCAGGGUUCCUUGGUAAUAUGGUGGUAGGACAGUUCAUAUUUUAAUCAAUCAAUCAAAGUUUACUUAUAUAGUCCUUAAUCACAAAU